AUGGCAAUAAGCCAACAGCCUUACGCCGUACUAGGCUACGGGUGUCGACAGCCAUCCAUCUCGCUUUCCAUUAUAGAGAUGCUUUUCCUUUACUCUAAGAUGAACCAUGUUGUCGUCGAGAGCAGCGAUAGUGUGCAGGUGAUCGCAAGGGGGGAUUCCCAAUUCUCAAACUUCGAGGUUCAAGGUGCCAGAGUCGGGGGUGAGGUAUCUGCGAGACCCCAACGAUACGUGCUCGGCCACUGUGUUGAUUCUUGGUAG